AUGGACAUCAAAUGCCUCCUCGACAAAUGCGCCGAAACUGUUGCCUCGAUGGUCAAGGGCAAGACGGUGGAGGAAAUUCGCGAUGUUUGGAUGCUGGAGAACGACUUCACCCCGGAGGAAGAGGCCGCUAUGAGAAACGAAAACCCGUGGGAGGUGAUCCUCCGCGAGAUGGGCGAGCUCAACGAUGGUGUCGUCAUCCAGCAGCCGAAUAAUGCUCAGGAUGGUGCAGCUGCCGCUCCCGCGGCUGCUGCUCCAGAUGCCGCUGCUCCAGCUGCCGCUGCUCCAGCUGCCGCUGCUCCAGCUGCCGCUGGUCCAACUCCAGCCGCUGCUGCUCACGCCGUUCGGGCUCCAGCUCCUGCUGCUAAUGAUCAAUCCCAAGCUGCUGCUGGUGGUGCCGCUCCUGCUCCAGCAGCCGAUCAACCCGGACCCUCAGCCGACGCGAUGGAGCAGGGCGGUGAAGCUUCCGAUCAGCCUGGAACCUCGGCCGCGGUUGCGGAAACCAAGGAAGAGACUGAGGCCAAGGAUCAGGCUGCAGCUGAUGCUCAACCUGACGCUCAACCCAAGGCUGAUUCAGAUGAGCCUGAGCCCUCCAAUUCUGAAGCU